CAGUGAUUGAAAAUAAGUAGAUAAUGGCUGAUGUCAGGAAAUGUGCUUGAGACAAAGAAGCUUGAGACAAAAUGUGCUUGAGACAAAUUUAUAAAUGGGCAAACAUUUAUAAAUGUGUUGUUUAGCAGCUGCAUUAUUUCUUUGUAUCAGAGCAACUUGUAACACCCACCCUGCAAUAACAUUUGUUAUCUUAACGUUGAUACUUACUACCCAUUGCCCAAAUACAUGAUGAAUGACAAGCUGAAGAUAGUUUUGAUAUGUUAUAGACUUCAGUACCAGUAGACUCCAUAGGUCAAUAUUUACUUACUAUAACAUAACCCAUUACAAUGACCCACUUGUCCCACUGAUGUUACUUGUAUACCAUCAAUGAAAAAAAUUGAUUUAACCUUAUUAGGUGGGAAAUAAAAUAAUGGUGGUGAAUUUCUUCUCAUGGCCCUCUUUCUAUAGGUAUGUUACAAAACUUACCUUCAGGGGCGCUGCAGUUCUGCCACUGGCCGUCUGCGCGACUUUGGCGCCUUUGAGGGGAGGGGGCGAGGUUAAAGUGUGUUUUUUCUCCUACCUGUCCUGGAUAUAUUUUCUCGGAGUACAAGCUUUUGCUGAAGAAUUGUUCCGACGGCCGUUCUGUGAAUUUUUUUUUUUUUUUUAAAUCGCCCGACAAGUUCAGCGCUGGAGAAAUUUAAAAAUCAGCUUCUAAAGCCGUCAACGCCGACAACGGGGACGGAUUUCACGUACAGGACAGAUUUCAGGGCACACCACAGCACAGAGUCUGCCUUGUUGAAGGUACAUAAUGACCUACUGCUCACCGUUGACUCCAGCGACUGUGCAAUCAUGCUCCUUCUCGACCUCAACGCAGCAUUUGAUACUGUCGACCACACCAUCCUAAUUGAUCGUCUCCGGUACGGGGUUGGUAUUGAUGGCACAGCCCUGAGCUGGUUCAUCUCCUACCUCAAAGGUAGGAGUUUCUCUACUAACAUAGGCAACUCUCAUCCCCAGCUAGCCUCUGCGGUGGGGUUCCACAAGUUUCCAUAUUUGGCCCCAUUCUCUUCUCCAUGUAUAUGCUCCCCUUAGGCCAAGUCAUUCAAAGGCACGGCAUUUCCUUCCAUUGCUACGCAGACAAUACACAACUAUCUCCCCUGAAGCACAAAAAACGAUCAAAUCUGCUUAACCAUAUCCGCUGUCUCGAGGAUAUAAAGUGUUGGAUGGCCCAGAACUUCCUCCAAAUAAACAAGAGUAAGUCUAAGGUCAUCCUUCUUGGCCCCUCGGACUCAAUCAAAAUGAUAGCAGGCCUUGGAAGCCUUACCCCAUUACUCAAACCUCACGUCAAAAACCUUGGCGUGAUAUUUGACUCAGCAUUGAAAUUUGACCAAGAAGUCAAUGCCGUGGUUAAAGCUAGCUUCUUCCAGCUUCGGACGAUAGCUAAAAUAAAACAAUUCGUCCAGUUUGAUGACCUCGAAAAGAUCAUCCACAAAUUUAUCGCCUCCCGCCUAGAUUACUGCAACUCCCUCUACACUGGCAUCAGCCAAUCUUCCCUGCCCCGCCUGCAAUUGGUCCAAAACGCCGCAGUGAGACUACUGACGGGCACCCGAAAAAGGGACCACAUCACCCCGAUCCUGGCCUCUCUCCACUGGCUCCCUGUGCGGUUCCGAAUAAAUUUCAAGAUCCUCCUUUAUGUCUACAAAGCCCUUAAUAGGCUUGCCCCCACCUACAUCUGCUUACCCACCACACUACCUCCAGGUCCUCAGAUCGGCCGACUUGGGGUUACUGAACACCCCACGGUCUAGGCAUAAGCUCAGGGGCGACUGCGCUUUUGCGGUUGCAGCUCCUAGACUGUGGAACAGCAUCCCUCUUCCCAUCAGAACUGCCCCCUCCAUCAACUACUUUAAGUCGAGACUUAAAACUCAUCUUUACUCUCAAGCCAUUCUUGACGUCCUCUGAGUGAGGGCUAUAUGUAUGUAUUUAUGUAUGUACUUAAUCUAUGAACCAAUGUUGUAUAACGUUAGUACCCCCACCAA